UUGCAAUAGUAUGCAUACAAGUCAAGAAAUCGAAGUCCAACCUCAGCCUUAUUCUUCAAACUCAGCUGUUAUUCAUGUCUCUUAUUAUUUAUUUUGAUUGCAUACCUGGAUUUUAAGAUCAAGUUAGAAAAUUCUGAAAACACCAAUCCUUGGAUUCUUUUUAUUGAGUCAUCUCCCAAAACAGAGUCCGCAAAAACCCUUCUUUCCACCAAAUUCGUUUUCUUUCUUCCCUUCUGAAAAGAAAAAACAGAAACAAGACAAAACAAAGAAGAAGAAAAGCAGCUAGAUUCAUAUCAGAAAACUUGAAUUCUGUCAAGGGAAAGAUAAUGGAUGAUAAGGAGCCUGAGUUUGGAGCUGAUUUGGAUUCCAGCCAAAUGUGUGAGAAAUUGUCACCAUCUGUUUUGCAAAACCAGAUUGGCAGAAGCCAAGGAGAGCUGCUGCUGCAGAAGAAGAAGAAGAAGAAGAAAUUGAAAAAGUUGACAUCAAUCAAGCUCUCCAAAUCACCAAGCCUGAAGCCGUACCGAAAGAGAUCCAGCAGUAUAUCCAAUCACCAUGUAUCCUCCACUGAUGGUUCUUCUGAUACAAGUACUGAAAACCUACAGAAUUCCGCAAGAACAUUAACGAGACGGUCUAGUUUUAAGCCUGCAAAGAAUUUGACGAGAAUUUCCAGCUUAAAAUUUAGAAACCCUUUGAUGAGGAAGUGCUCUGGAGGAACCCAAAUGAAUAAUAUUAAUCUCAAGAAAUCAAGAAUGUCUAAGCUUGCAAGUUCUGCCUGCUCAAGAAUGUCAACCAGCGAUGCAGAAUCAUCAUCUCCAAGAUCCGUUAAUUUAAAGCCGAAAACUUUUUCUGGUCACAAUUCAGCGUUGAAUGUCCCAACAAAAUCUAUGAUGACAAAACACUCUGAACUCCCUAAAGUUCCGGAAUUCAGAGUACAAAGAGCUACAUGUUCUUCGGCCCUCAAAGCUUCCAAGUUGCCUGAAAUUGGGGAUCAUGAGGCAGAGGGAACUGAAUCUGAGGGGGGUUCGGCCGCCAAGGUUUGUCCAUUCACUUACUGCUCACUUCAUGGUCAUCGCCACACCAAUGUACCCCCACUCAAGCGCCUCAUUUCGAUAAGGAGGCGCAUGUUGAGGGCUCAGAGGGGAGUGACACGGGCAACUCAACCGUUGGAGAGAGUGAAAAGGUCUGGCAAAACUAAGGAGGAUCAGACGAAUCACAUGGCCUGCAAUGGAAAUGGCGCAGUUCAUAAAAUGAAUGCUAUGGUGUCACUCCCUGCAGCGGAUGGUGUAAGUCCGGAAUGUUGUUGCAUUGGUACAGAUUUGGAAGCCACCAACACAGACUGGAAGGAAGAGAAAAUUGCAGCAUCUAAUCACAAUGAAGGUGUUCAAUCCACUUGCACAGAUGAUCCCAGCAAUAGUGAUCCUAAAUUGUUUGGAAAAACUAUGGAGGUCGAUGAUUGCACAACUGUCAAACUACCCAAUAAAUUGGAAAGACCAAUCCCUCAAGAAGCUGUGCAAUCAACAAGGAACAAUGAAAUCUCUGCUGCUUCUGAUUCUCAAGCUUCGAAGGAACAAAAUGCAGGUAAGGAGGACAAAAGUGGAAGUAAGCAUGCAAAGGAUCAGAAAUAUACCCGAAUGUGGCAGUUGAUGUACAAGCACGCUAUAAAAGGUGUCACUCCAAAUGUUGAUGACCAGCUCCCUCUUAAUGGAUCAGACAAGGAAGAACAACUAGAGGGUGCCAACACCAUCUGUGAAAAUGACAAUUUAAGUUUCUCCGAAAUAGAUGAUCAUACAGCUUUCGUAAAUCACAGCGCAGGAGGCGAAACUACUGAGAUAUGCCGCCAUGAUGCCAUUCAGCUGGUGCAGGAAGCAUUUGAUUGCAUUCUUCUCCCGGAAAUUCAGGACUGCUCAUAUGAUGAUGAAUCAUCUACUAGUGGCGUCAGGUCAGACUGGGAAGCAUUAGAACAGACUACGGAUGAGAGUGGGGAGCGGAGGACUUCAAUUGCCACCAGUCGUUCGUCUGAGGACAGUACAGCACAAAAUACAAAAGAAGCGAAAACAGUAUCAGAAGUUGGAGAGAAGACUGACAAAAAAACACCCAAGAGCUGGAGCAGUCUGAAAAAAUUCAUUCUCCUCAAGAGAUUUGUCAAGGCAGUUGACAAGGUGAGGAACCUCAAUUACCCGAAGCAAAAAUACUUGCCCUUGGAUCCUGAUUCAGAAGCAGAAAAGGUCAAUCUAAGGCAGCAAAAGACAGAAGAGAGAAAGAAUGCCGAGGAGUGGAUGCUUGAUUAUGCACUUCAACAGGUUAUAUCUAAACUACCUCCAGCUCAACAAAGAAGAGUAGCGUUGCUCGUCGAAGCUUUUGAAACAGUUCUCCCGUUUCCAGAAAUUAAGAGUAGCCAGAGGUCCAAUGUAACAAAUUCCACUGAAUCAAAUACUCAAGUCUGCAAUGGUUUGUCAGUUCAAAAUUUUAUUCAUCAAGGUGAAGAGAGUCACUCGAGAACAUCUGCCGGAGUCUUGCUUGGGAAUGUGUCAUGUCCAAAGAAAAGUUUCAAUGAGUAUCCAGAUCAGGUCAGUGAUUUUCAAAUGCAAGAGGAGCAAAGUCAAGUGAAUUUGCUCAGGACAGACCACUGUUUUAUUCAAACCAAGCGAGAUAUUACUGUUCCUGAGGCCACUGGUGAAGAUCAGAAGAAGAAUCAAAUUGUUUCUAUAAAUGCUUGCUAUUUGGAUGACAAAGUCAUUGACUUAACCAAUUUUGCUGUAUCAGAAACCAAAGAUCCAUGGUUAUGUGAUGAUACCUCCUUGAAGCAAGAUGAACACGGUAGGAUCAUUUGUGAUGGUCUCGUAAAUGAAGCGGUUCAAGAAGCCUCCAAAGAAGUUACUUCAAUCACGAGUUUGGAACUUAGCAACCUCGGUCCGAUAUUGGAAAACAUCAAAUCUGAGACCAAUAAACUAAUGGCCGACACUGCCGAAAAAUUGAAUUCAUCUGAGGACCAGAGUACUGAAAAUCAUGUGGGCUCAACAGCAGAUAACACGGUGGUCUCUUUAGCUUCCAUAGGAUCAACUGAGGAGCAAAUGGCAGCAAGAGAAGAAGUGAGCGGGGUAGCACAUGAAGGCCGGUUGGAAAAGCAGAAAUAUACGAACUUAUGGUUCUUAGUGUAUAAGCAUAUGGCUUCAACUAUCGAUGCAAAAGAUGGAGACAAACCACUCGAAGGAGCUGAAGAGGAACAAGUAGACGACGCCAACAGAUUGCCCGAAAUAGAUCAAGAGAAAAGUCACCAUGAAGACAACAAAAAGGUUGAACUCCGCCAUAUUGAAGCAAUCAAGCUGCAGGUUGAGAAAGCGAUUGAUGAAAUUGUUCUUCCAGAGAACCAGGAUGAAUCAGAUGAUGAUAAAUCAAGCACUAGAGGAUCAAGUCCAGAGCAGGAACCUCCAAAAAAUAAAGUUGUCAUAGAAGGGAAAUCUUUCAUGUCGAAAUCCACCAACUCUGCCAAGUUUGAUAAUGCUACCAUUCAAGAAGAAAUUUCAGUCGGAGAGGCGGAAGACAAACCUGCCAAGAAAAUGUCGAAGAACUGGAGCAAUCUGAAAAAAAUGAUUCUUCUUAACAGAUUUAUCAAGGCAAUGGAAAAUGUAAAGAAGUUCAACCCACGAGGGCCACGAUAUCUGCCCUUUGCGCCUGACCCCGAAGCAGAGAAGGUUAAUCUAAAGCAUCUAUACAUGGAUGACAGGAAGAAUUCCGAGGAAUGGAUGCUUGAUUAUGCCCUUCAACAAGCUGUUGCCAGAUUAACUCCAGCUCGGAAAAGAAAAGUAUCACUUCUCGUAGAGGCUUUCGAAACAGUCAUUCCAACCGAUGGAAUUCCAAACCCAUUCAAGCCACAAGUUGCUCACUGACUUCAGGUAUGGGCAACUAGAAGAGGGCUGCAUGUCCAUGGUAGGAACCUCAGUUUUUUUUUCGUUUUUUUUGUUUUUUGUUUUCCUUGGUUUUUUUCACAGUUAAAAUUGUAGUUUAUUGCAUCAUAUAAAAGGCAGAAGUGCACAAUAUACAGAUGUAAGUCAUCAUCAAAUAUUCGUAGUGUCUUUUAAGCUAUAUGUAUGCUGGAACAUCCUUUGAACUUGUUUCCAUUGUUUAAUUCAAAGACCUUUCGAGA